GCGACCGAACGUGCUUGGCAGGAAAUCUGGGCUCAUCCGACCAACUUAAUUUGGACCGUCCAGCAGGAAAUUGGCAGGACCCGGAGUGGUGAUGAUGAGUCCCUCGGCCAGCUGAUCAUGCCCAUCCGUGCCCAAAACACCGAAAGUCCGACGUAUCAACGGUCCUCGUUCCACCUGGCAGCAGGGCCAAAGGCUCCAUUCGACCUGUAG